AUGCCCAUUGCCAUCAUCGACGACACCAAUCCCGCGAUCGUUUACUCUCAAGGGACAUGGGCCAGCUCGCCGACAAACGAGUACAACGAGUACAUGUCCUCGUUCCAUUAUCCGACAUCUGCAGGUGCGACAAUGAAGUACCGAUUUCGAGGGACCAGCAUUCAGCUCUUUGGAACUGUUACACAACCCGUCACAAGGGGCUAUCCGAAGGUCACCUACCAGAUCGACAAUAAUCCCAUUGAAGAAUGGGACCUCUCGCCAGGGCUACAGGACACGGUCAACACGCAGUCUCAUGUAGCUUUCUACAAGUCCAGGGAGUACACGUAUGGAGAUCACACACUUUCAGUCAAUGUUGGAGACUUUGAUCCCAGAACAACUGGUCGCCUCAACUUUGACUUUUUCAUCUUCUACGGCGCAACGGAGCAGGACGUGAAGAAUGCAGGCGGCCUCAUGUUUCGAGAUGACAGCGACUAUGGUCCUGUCUAUGAAGGCGGAUGGUCCUUAGCUCGGGGCAUGAAGCAAGAGUUCAAGUCUGGUGCCCACCAAACACCGGCUGGCUCCGAGGGCACGGCAAUACUUCCAUUCAAUGGAACGUGUGUCGAGGUCUAUGCGACCCUUGAUGGUGAUUAUGGCUCUAAACCCAUCGCCAGCUUCGUGGUGGAUCGAGGCACGUCGCAUGAAGUUGUCCGAACCUUUCCUGGACCAGGGCGUGUCACGACGCAGUUCAAUACUAGGCUGCUGUCAGUACAUGGCCUAGUGGACGGGCCUCAUAGCCUGACCGUCACCGCUCUUGGGAAAGAUGUCUCCCCCUGGCGAUUAGACUACUUUGUCUAUGGGGUCUCUAACGAGACAAAUAUUGAUAAUGGAACUGGUGGUGGUGGGGCUUCCGGAGUAUCGAGUUCGGUCGAACUUUCAACCCGGAGUGCAACUCCUCGAGUCGUGACAAGCACUUUUGGAGGAAGAGUAUUCACGACGACAGAGUCAGUAAGUCCUCUUGUUUCUAGCCUCAACUCUCCUGAGGAUACUCACGGAGGCGUGAGCUCGAAUCAACAAACGGUCGGGGAAACGCAAGCCCAUUGGCAGUCAAAGAGAGCUGUCAUUAUUGCGGGAGUUCUUGGGGGCAUAGCCGCUGGAAUUCUUUCUAUGUUGCUUCUGUGCUGGUGCAUACGAAGGCGUAGAAACACCAAGAGUAUAGCAUCGAUUGAUCAGUAUCGAGACUCCAUAAAGGACGAUAUAUCUCGCCGGCCAACAGACAUGGGUCCAGUUCCUCCAAUUCCGCGCACCAAGGAACCAAAUACCCUUCCAUACCCUCAUUGCCACAGUCCGCGUCCCAGCAUUGACACGGCUUCGUCUGUAACGCGAACCAACCAACCACCGAGAACAAGAGAAGUGGAUGCGGGAAUACGCUUGGAAUGGACAGACGAAGAAGGCCCUCACGACACACUUCCACCGUCUUAUUCUAACUAUCAGUCGUGA